AAAUCAGAAUAAAACUCAGCACGGUGCAGUGUGUGUGCUGCCUUUGUCUGGGAGUGUCUUUGUUGGUCUUGUGGAGGCCUGCCUGGGUGUUGGUAGACUGUGUUUGAUCAUGGGGGCUUGAGUGUUCAGGAUUGUGGCUGCAGGGGAUUAUGAGGCCGUACCCAGGAAGCUGCCCUCGGUCGCUGGGAGGCAUUGCACCAGACCUCUUCUCCCUGUUGUCUUCCAGAAACAAGCUGCAGUCUCAGAUAUAGAAGACAGGAGCUCUGGGACACUCUAUGCCCAGCCUGUCCCCUAGAGGCAUCUCCAACCACAGCCUCUGACUCCGGCUGGGCACCAGGAAGAACGAGAGCUGUCUGGAAGCGGUAGUGGGGUGACUCCAUUACCCGUGGCGACUGGGCACCCUACCUGUCUUGUUCUUGUGACUGAUACCCAGCCUUGCCCCUCCCUGAAUCUCUCUGGCUGAGCUGGGCUGGAGUUGGGAGCUUGACUGUCACCUGCAGGUACCAGGGCAGCUACUGGAGGGCUACACGGGCUUGCCUGGGCUGCCCCAUUCGCUGUGGGGCUCUGCUCCUGCUGUCCUGCUAUUUCUACGGCUCCCUCCCAAACAUAGCUGGCCUGCCCUUCACUUGGAUGCUUGCCCUCCUCGGCCUCUCACAGGCACUAAACAUCCUCCUGGAGCUCCAGGGCCUAGCCCCAGCUGAGGUCUCUGCAGUCUGUGAAAAAAGGAACUUCAACGUGGCCCAUGGGCUGGCAUGGUCAUACUUUAUUGGGUACCUGCGGCUGAUCCUGCCAGGGCUCCCAGCCCGGAUACAGGCAUUGCACAACAACAUGCUACAGGGCAUAGGGAGCCAUCGGCUGCACAUCCUCUUCCCAUUGGACUGUGGGGUGCCUGAUGACCUGAGUGUGGUCGACCCCAACAUUCGCUUCCUAUAUGAGCUGCCCCAGCAAAGUGCUAACCGUGCUGGCAUCAAGCGCCGGGUUUACACCAACAGCGUCUAUGAACUUCUGGAAAAAGGGCAACCGGCAGGUAUCUGUGUCCUGGAGUAUGCCACCCCCUUGCAGACCCUUUUUGCCAUGUCACAGGAUGGCCGAGCUGGCUUUAGCCGGGAGGAUCGGCUUGAGCAGGCCAAACUCUUCUGCCGGACACUUGAAGACAUCCUGGCAGAUGCCCCUGAGUUGCAGAACAACUGCCGCCUCAUUGUCUACCAGGAACCUGCAGAGGGCAGCAGCUUCUCCCUGUCACAGGAGAUUCUCCGGCACCUGCGGCAGGAGGAAAGGGAGGUUACUAUGGGCAGCAUGGACACCUCGAUCGUACCCACCUCCUCUACACUGUCCCAAGAGCCCAAUCUCUUCAUCAGUGGCUUGGAACAGCCUCUCCCACUCCGCACAGAUAUCUUCUGAGGCCCAAGGUUAGCUGGCUUGAACCCCCAGUGCUCCCCAAGACUGUAUCCCCAAGAGUGUGGAUUGAAGGGCAUUCUCCCAGGGGGGUCUCUCAGAGAAGGCCCCUGAACUUAACAUCUCAAGGUUAAUCCUAUGGCCUUGGGCAAGUUGUUUGACGUCUCUGAACUUCAGUGUCCUCAUCUAUGAAAUGGGAUUAUAAUCACUGCCCUACCUACCUCACAGGGUUGCUGUGAGGACUAUGACUGUAUGGAACUUUCUGUAAACUCCAAAUAUCACAUAGACUUACCUGAUAA